UUUUUGUGUUUUGCUAUUGAAAAGGGGAAAGAUCGUGAACUAAUAAUUAUUGUCUCUGUAAAGAAGGGAAGUUACGCUUGUGUGGACCUUGAAAUUGUUAUUGUCCACAAGUGUUCCCUGUGUGUUGAAUAAUGGCUGCUUUGUUCGGAAGCUCUGCUAGUGAUGGACGAAGGGAGCCUCGCAGUUUGGUAGAGUUUAGGGCAGGCAAGAUGACCCUAUCUGGCACUACGGUCACUGCAGACCCAAGGAAAGGGCUCGUCUAUAUGAAGCUAGACGAUGGAUUGGUUCACUUCUACUGGAAAGAUAGGAAAACUGGCAGUGUUGGAGAUGAUUUGAUCAUCUUCCCUGGUGAUGCUGAGUUCAAGCGUGUGUCUCAGUGUACGACUGGGCGUGUGUUCAUACUCAAGUUCAAGGACUCUGCCCGCAAGUACUUCUACUGGAUGCAAGAGCCCAGUGAGGACAAGGACGAAGACCUCAUCAAGAAGGUGAAUGACAUCAUUGAGCACCCACCUGACCCCUCCUCUGUGGCUGCAGAAGGUCUGGCAGGACUCUCUGGACUCUCCGGCCUACCACCUGGGCUCAUGAACAAUCCCCAGCUGAUAGAGCAGCUCAUCAGCUCAGGGGCCAUUCCUCCAGACCUGCUCAGACUGGAUGCACUAGGAGGUCGUGGUGCCUCGUCCUCUAGCAGCCCUCGCUCCACCACUGCAGCCGCUACUGAUGGUCCACCCAGCAGCUCCUCUGCUCGACAGCAGUCCUCCUCCUCAAGGAGACAACAGCCAGUUCAGCAGCAAGAGACCAGACCACCCCCUACCACACAGAGUCAGAUUCAGUUGAGUGACCUCCAGAGUAUUCUGUCGUCUAUAACUAUUCCUGAAGGAGGGCAGGGAGCUCCCCACACAGCUCCCGAGGAUCAUGUGAGUCUGAACGAAGCUAUCACUCCAGAUGUCCUUCGUCCCCUCUCCAACAACUCUGCAGUCCAGGAGCAGGUGUCAGACCACCUCCCCCCAACAUCUGAGGGUGUCCCCACCAUUCUCAACUCUCCCCAAUUCCAUCAAGCCAUGGGGCUCUUUAGCUCUGCUCUCCAAUCAGGACAGCUUGGCCCCCUCAUGGGACAGUUUGGACUGGGGCCUGGAGUAGCAGAGGCUGCUAAUACUGGAAGUGUUCAACGAUUUGCUGCGGCACUGCAGACUGAGCUGAGUGAUGCAGAGGACUCCAAAGAUAAAGAAGACAAGGAGGCAAGCAGCAAAGACAAAGACAAUAAAGACAACGAAACUAAAUAGAAUAAUUUGUCUUAUCUGACUGAGCUCUGUAUUGAGUUGCUGGUAUACUGUAUGCUACUCUAAUCAACCUAUUAUAACAAAUUGAAA